UCUUACCUUCUCAUCCAAUGGUUUUUGAGAAGGAGGUGAGGAGCGAGGACGCAAUUGAGAUUCUCCCAUGAUGUCUGCAGUUAGACCCCUCCCAAAUAACUGGCUACAAUGCGUCAACUCCCCAAUGUGAGAAGCCUUUGUGAUCAAAGCCAGUCUGGGACUGCUGGAAAUUGGAACUGAGCCUGGCAAACAGUCGAAGACAAGCCCUGGGCAUUAGCUAACUGAGCUGAAAGGUUGCUUCUCACUAGGGUCUCAAUAAUAAUGCUGACUGAAGAUGGAUGCUCCUGAGUACCUGGAUUUGGAUGAGAUUGACUUCACUGACGAUUCAGCGUAUUCUGUGACAUCCUUGAAGAACAUUCCAGAGCUUUCCAGAAGAAACGAUGGUCAGGGAGAAGAAAGACAAGCCCCAGCCAUCAACUGGAGUCGCGGCGUGUCGUCACAUAGCGGCGGUGGAAUCAAGCCGACCGGCAUCACCGACGUCCACACCAAAUUCCGACCUGUGAAGAGGGUCUCGCCACUCAAACAUCAACCAGAGACAUCUGACAACGAGGCUCGGGCUCACAAUGAAGAAGGCAGCAACAAAGAGGAAGCCUCAGAUAAAACACCUGCGGCCUCAUGCGAAGGCCAGGGAUCUAAAGCCAAGAGCAUGGGCACCGGAGGAGCUCUUUUCGGGGAGCUGGAGCACUACGACCUGGACAUGGAUGAGAUACUGGACGUGCCUUACAUUAAAUCUAGCCAUGUCUCCACUCUUCCCAGAGUUCCCCAUGACAAAAGGACGGUGGGCAGCAUCGGGGAUGGUGGCGCCAGUGACAGGUACCACGGAGUUAAGACCUCAACACUUCCCCACUCUGAGAGCCUAGGAAGUGUCACCCAGUACGGUGUGCUCUCGCCCGUCAAGUGGUCUGAUAUGAGCAAGUCCAAAUCUAUGGACCCGGACUAUCACCGCCCACCCACUGGGGGCUAUGACCACUCCACACCAGGCCAGCUUAGCUGUUCUUCGGCCUCGGACAUGGACAAACUUUUAGCCAACAGGGCCUACCCGGAGCCAACGGCACACAAGGCAGGGGGUGACACCCCUGGGAGCAGCCAGGCUUUGAUGAUCCCCCUCCAGGGCUGUGCUGGGGCUAGGCAGGACAGCAGUAAGACCUGGAGCAGUAUCAGACUGCACGGAGAGUGUGAUGAGGAUACCAAGAAAUCCAAGAACAUCAUCAAUAUCAUCCGAGAGGGGCAGAUUUCUCUGUUGCCUCACCUUGCCACUGAUAACCUGGAGCUGAUCCGGGACGAGGAGGGGAACAACCUGCUCCACAUCUCUGCGGCCCAGGGCCACGCCGACUGCCUGCAGCACCUCACCUCCCUCAUGGGAGAGGACUGCCUCAACGAGCGCAACAUCCACCAGCUCACGCCUGCUGGGCUCGGGGUGAAGAAUGGCCAUUUGGAGUGUGUGCGCUGGAUGGUGAGUGAAACGGAGGCCAUCGCAGAGCUGAGCUGUAGCCGAGAGCACCCCAGUCUCAUCCACUACGCAGCCCGCUACGGACAGGAAAAGGUUCUGUUGUGGCUGCUCCAGUUUAUGCAAGAGCAAGCCAUUUCUCUGGAUGAAGUGGACCAGUAUGGAAACAGUGCAGUGCAUGUAGCCGCUCAGUAUGGCCAUCUCACUUCAAUUCAGACCCUGGUGGAGUACGGCUCCAACGUUACCGUGCAGAACCAGGGCGGCGAGAGGCCUUCCCAGAGCGCAGAGCGGCAGGGCCACACUACUUGCACCCGCUACCUGGUGGUGGUGGAGACGUGCAUGUCGCUGGCUUCCCAGGUGGUCAAGCUCACCAAGCAGCUCAACGAAAAAGCUACAGAGAGGAUAGCUCUACAGAAUCAAGUUCAGCUACUCCUGGAUCCCUCAAAAGCCGAGGGAUUGCCUUCGCGAUCGACAAGCUCCCAUGUCAUGUCUGUGGAGGCGUGGCCUGAGAUGACCCUGACAGCGGAGGGGAGCCCGGGGGACGGCCAUUGGAUCCUGAGGCAGAUGAGCGUAGACUCCGACACAGUCUUGCGCCAGUUACUGGGCAAGGACAUCUCAGACAAGGUGUGCACCAAGGAGAAGCUGUCUCUGGAGUUCCAGGAGGGCUCCAGAGAGGGGCCACCUAGUCUGAGUGAGGCCAACCCAGGGGCCAAGAGUCGGGAGCUGAAGUUGGCCAGACUCAAGCAGAUCAUGCAGCGCUCUCUCAGCGAAUCCGACUCAGACACCUACCCCCCCGAGGAGGCCAAACAUGGGGCGCGGCUAGAGAGACCCAGCCACCUGCCCAUCACAGAGAGCGAGGAGCCCGUCGGCAGCCUGCAGCUGGUGAUGAAGAAGCGCACCUCCAAGUCCAUGGACGGAUACAACCCCUCGCCCACGUCGGACAAUAGUGGCCUGGAGGCUGCUGGAGAUUUCCCCGACUACAACAACGGACAAAAGAUCACGACGAGCCCCAAAAGUGCACUCAAAUCGCCAUCAUCUCGAAGGAAGACCUCCCAGAACUUAAAACUGAGGGUGACCUUUGACGAGCAGGUGGUUCACAAGACUGGGCCACCAGAAAGUGAGCCGCCCAAAGGUGCCCACAGUAAAGAGGGGGCCGGAUUUAGGACUACCACAGGCUCCGAGACAGUGAAGCGCCCGUUCGGGGCAUUCCGCUCCAUAAUAGAAUCGCUGAGUGGGAAUCAGAACAGCAACAAUAAUAACGUCCAAACGUCUCCCACUGGUGUGUCCCAGGGCUCACCUGGCAGGAAAACAACUGGGACUAAAACCAGUCCAGAUGGGCACUAACAUAGCUGUGUGAAGAUGUUUUGAGUUGGGGAUGCAUGCUAUCAUCACAUUUGCGUAGUAGUAUACAGUUCAGCAGAAGCGUUUUUUAAGGAUUUACACACAUGGGGAACAAAAUGUGGCCUUUUAUAAACACAUUUCAUGCAAUUUUACAUUAUUUAGGCCUACAUGACAGGAGACAUUAUCAGAAUGUUUUUUAAUACUACACAAAUGACUGGCUACUCUGACACGGUCAAAUAGAUCAAUAUAAACAACCUGGUCUUGACCUCACCCAGGGCCAGUAAAAAUACAACUAGGAGGAGAUAUCUAUAGAUAAACACUAGCAGUCAAAAGUUUGGACACACGUAUUCAUUCAAGGGUUUUUCUUUAUUUUUUAUCUUUAUUUGAGCUAAAAUAUUAAUGCAACAAUUUCAACAUUUUACUGAUUUUAGAGUUAUCAAAGGAAAUCGGUCAAUUGAAAUCAAUUCAUUAGGCCCUAAUCUAUGGAUUUCACAUGACUGGCCAGGGGUGCAGCCAGGGGUGGGCUUGGGAGGGCAUAGGCCCACCCACUUGGUAGACACUGGAGAGGCGGCUUAUGGUAGAGAAAUGAACAUUCAAUU